AUGGAAAAACCCUCUGUGUCCUCCAACGUCGAUGUCGAGACGCACCACUCGAACACGCACCAUGGCGGCAUCGUACCCGCUGAUGACAGCGGCAAUGGCGAAGAGCCACCGCCCGACAUACCGAACGCGGGCUCGUCUUACAAGGAGUCUGUUCAAGUGAACAGUAUGCACUUGGACGGAGCCCGCAGUACCAACCCAACUCCCUCAAUCAAUCCUUCUCAUGGCGAUGUCAACGAUGAGAACAUCUAUGCCCACGCCCAUACUCUGCCUGUAGAGCAGGUGGAAAGCAUUCUGAAAACAGACGUUGUAAAUGGCUUGACUUCGAACGAAGCCGCUCGCCGACUUGAGGUGUAUGGGCCAAACUGCUUGAAGUCGUCUGGAGGUUUCACCUGGUGGGAUAUUCUGGUUCGCCAAGUCUCCAAUAGCUUGACCAUUGUUCUGGUCAUUGCUAUGGCACUCAGUUACGGUACUCAAGAUUAUAUCGAGGGAGGUGUGAUCACGGCCGUCAUCUGCUUGAAUGUAGUUGUCGGCUUUUUCCAGGACUACCGAGCAGAGCAAACCAUUGCCAGCCUACAAGCACUUGCUGCACCAGACUGCAAAGUAAUCCGUGAUGGAGGUCGCGAAGAAACCGUGAGGAGCAAAGAUGUCGUCCUCGGUGACAUUGUGACUCUGUCGCAUGGCAGCACGGUCCCCGCCGAUAUUCGCCUCAUCAGUACCGUGAACAUGGCUGAUGCAGAGGCUCUUCUCACUGGAGAGUCCAAACUGGCACCAAAGGAUUCGUGCUUCAUCUCAGAGAAGCUCGAACUGCCGCUCGGCGACCGUCGUAACAUGGUCUACUCUUCGACCACGGUCGAUCGCGGCCGCGGGACGGGCAUUGUUGUCGCCACAGGCAUGAAAACUCAGGUCGGAAAUGUCGCUGACCAGGUCAGGCCCAAACUGGAUGAUGAUGAUCCUAAAAAGGAGAUGUCCACGGCUGCUCGCUACGGCCAGAAAGCUCUGCGUCCGAUCAAGAGUGCCCUCGGAUUGACAGGUACCCCUCUGACGGUCAAGCUCUCUUGGUUCGCACUAUUCCUCCUGGGAUUGGCAAUUCUACUGGCUGUCAUCGUCUUCUCUGUGAAUCUGUGGGAUCUGGACGACGAGACGGUCAUCUACGGAAUCUGCGUUGCUGUUGCAGUGAUCCCCGAAUCUCUUAUUGCGGUCCUCACCAUCACAAUGGCGGUAGGGGCCAAAGCGAUGGCGAGAGGGAAUGUCAUUGUGAGGCAAACCAAGUCGCUUGAAGCCAUUGGUGGAGUCACGGACAUUUGCUCGGACAAGACCGGUACAUUGACUCAAGGGAAAAUGCUUGCCAGAAAGGCGAUGCUUCCGAGCGGGCGUUUCAUUGUGGUCGAAGGCGAGUCCAGUCCUGUUGACCCAACAGUUGGUAUUUUGAAGGUCGAUGAUGUCCACCUUCAGAAGGAAGCCAUUUUCCAUGAUCUCGAGCUCCACCGCUUCUUCCAAAUCAUUGCCUUGUGCAAUCUCGCACAGGUGAACGAAAUACAAGGACCUAAUGAGGCUAAUGAUUCCUGGACCGCGACGGGCGAGUCUACGGAAAUCGCUCUGCAAGUGAUGGCGAUGAGAGCGGGCUCAGGCAAGCGAGACACGAUCGCAGGUGAAGCGAUGAAGUUGCUGGCAGAGCACGAUUUCGAUUCGUCAAUCAAGCGAAUGUCUAUCGUUUAUGAGGGAGAUCCAAACGGAGGGACAACAGUAUUCACCAAAGGCGCUACCGAAGUCUUGCUGCCGUUGACCAACGUGGACGAGGCCACCGCAAACGCUAUUAGUGCCCAAGUUGAGGCCAUGGCGGCGGAGGGGCUUCGGGUAAUCUGCCUGGCGCAUCGAACAAUGGCCCAUGAGGACGUCAACAAAGUUGGUGACCGUGCUUUCGUCGAGCAGAGUCUGGAGUUUGCAGGCAUUGUGGGUAUCUACGAUCCACCUCGCGCUGAAUCUGAAGGAGCCGUACGAAGAUGCCAGAUUGCUGGGAUUACUGUACACAUGGUCACAGGCGACCAUCUCAAGACUGCGACGACGAUUGCUCGAGAAAUUGGAAUCCUGGCGCCAUCCGUACCCGGCUCCUCCGGUCCAAAUGCUGUUAUGCUGGCGACCGAUUUUGACAGGAUGUCCCCAGAAGAAGUAGAUGCGAUGCCCGAGUUACCACUGGUUCUAGCCCGCUGUGCUCCGGAAACGAAAUCGCGAAUGCUGAGUGCACUGAAGCGCAGAGGAAAGUACUGCGCCAUGACCGGUGAUGGUGUCAAUGACGCACCAGCUGUGAAAAGCGCGGAUGUUGGUGUUGCCAUGGGAUCUGGUAGCGACGUCAGCAAAGAGUCUGCAGACAUGGUCAUUACCGACGACAAUUUUGCCUCCAUCAUCUCCGCCAUCCGUGAGGGUCGUCGCCUGUUUGACAACAUCCGCAAAUUUCUGUUGCAUCUCCUCAUCUCCAACAUUGCGCAGGUGGUCCUUCUGCUUGUCGGUCUGGCUUUCAAGGACAGGAAUGAUGUUUCUGUAUUUCCGCUCUCGCCGCUGGAAAUCCUUUUCGCCAACCUGGUAUCUUCGUCUUUCCUCGCCAUCGGCCUUGGCCUGGAGGAAGGAUCCGCCGAUGUCAUGACUAGGCCGCCGCAUCCCAUGCAGAAAGGCGUGUUCACGGCGGAACUCAUCAUCGACAAAUUCAUCUACGGCACUUGCAUGGGCAGUCUGUGCCUCGUCAGUUUCGUCAUCGUUGCCUACGGCGUAGGCAAUGGCGAUCUUGGGGAUGACUGCAACCACAGCUACAACGACACGUGCGGCCUUACUUAUCGUGCUCGUGGAACGGCGUACAGUAUUCUCACUGUCUUGCUGUCUGUCAUGGCAUGGGAGGCCAAACAUCUGGAUUUCGGCCUAUUCAACAUGUAUCCCAAUGAAGGCAAGCGGGGUGGACUAUCAUUCUUCUCCACCGUCACUCGCAACCGAUUCCUCUUCUGGGCUGUCAUGGCUGGGCUUGUGACGCCAUUCCCAAUCAUUUACAUACCUGUUGUGAACAGGAUCGUCUUCCGACAUUCGGCAUUGAGCUGGGAAUGGGGUCUGGUGUUUGGGAGUGUUGUCAGCUUUGUUGCGCUUGUGGAAAGCUGGAAGGCUGUCAAGCGAGCAAGAAAGGCGAGAAAAGUGAGACAAAAUGAUGACGGAGGGGAUGAGAAGUCUGCUGCUUCUGUAUAG